AUGCCUCGACUCCCCGGCCGCGCGGCGCUCCCCCUCUGCGUGGUGCUGCUGACCGCGCUGCUGGCCGCGGUGCGAGGGCUCCCCCUGCGGAAGCCGCGGGGCCCCGGCUGGAGCCACGUGAGGCUGGCGGAGGUCUCGGCCUCCCCAGACACCAGCUCUCCUAGAGAAGAAGAGGAGACCCGUCUGCUCUCCAGAGCCCGCCUCCAGGCAGGGCUGCGCCGACACAGACGCUGGGCUCUCACUGAGCCAGCAGCCCUGACCCUGGACAAGACCUCCUUGCCCGGGACCCUAGAGGACGCUCCCUUGCUGCUGGAGCUGCAGAAGCUGCCGGGAUUGGCCAACACAGACUUGAGUGCCCCAAACCCCAAUAUCCAGGUGACCAUCGAAGUGGUGGAGGACCCCCAGGCUGAGGUGGAGAUGGACCUGCUGGCUGAGCCUAACAAUCACUGGUCCCAGGGUGCCCCCAGCUGGCUGCCUGCCAAGGAACUCUUCUGGCCCCUCUUCUGGGGCUACCUGGAGGGCGAGGAAGGGAGGCCCAGUGUCAAGGACAGAGCCCCAGGGGAAGAGGAGGAAGAGGAAGAGGAAGAUUACCCUCCAGAGUACAGUGAGAGUGAGGACCAAGAGGACAACGAUGAGCAAGACAGUGGUGAUGACCAGGAGCACGGGUUCAGCGGGGCCGCAGGAGGCUGGGAGCGGGGCUGGCUGUCCCCCGGGGACUGGGCCUUCAAGGAGCCUCAUAGCUACGGCGCUGAGGACAAGGACCCCUUGGGCUUCCCCAGUGAGGGGUGGCGGCCCCUGGCCCACAAUGCUACGGACAUGCUCAGCCCAGAUGCGGACAGCUGUGAGAAGUGGCUGAACUGCAAGAGUGACUUCCUAGCCAAGUACCUGAGCCAGGUGCUGCGGGACCUGCCCAGCUGCCCGUGUGCGUACCCGCUGGAGGCCGUGUCCAGCGCCGUGAGCCUGCAGGACGAGCACCAGGGCCGCAGCUUCCGGUGGAGGGACGCCAGCGGCCCACGCGAGCGCCUGGACGUGUACCAGCCCACGGCCCGCUUCUGCCUGCGUUCUCUGCUCUCCGGGGAGAGCAGCACGCUGGCCGCCCAGCACUGCUGCUACGACGCGGGCAGCCGGCUGCUGACCCGAGGCAAGGGCGCCGGCGCGCCCGACCUCGUCAGCACCGACUUCUCGCCCGAGCUGCACUUCAAGGUGGACACGCUGCCCUGGAUCCUGUGUAAGGGGGACUGGAGCCGCUACCACGCCGUGCGGCCCCCGAACAAUGGCCGGGCCUGCACGGACAACCCCCCCGAGGAGGAAUACCUGGCGCAGUUGCAGGAGGCCAAGGAGUUCUAAUGAGGGUUGCUGUGCUGGAGAACUUUCCCCGCGGGCCGCUCACCCUGCCUGGCCCAGACCUGGUGAGGCCAGUCUGGUGCCUCGAGCCCUCUGCCUUUGAACCUGACGCGGGGCAGUCAGCACCCCAAGGUGUCGGUGUGGGGCUGGGGAGAAGGUUGAAGCGUGUAUAAGGCCCAGGGUGAGAGGAGGGAGCUCAGCUCCCAAGGCCCCCAGGGCUGCCCCGAGAUGCGUAUCUGUGGCGGCCUCACCUCUU